AUGCGCUGAGAUAUUGAUUAGUCGUAGUGGUGGCGUUGGGUUGCGGAUAAGGAGAGGAGGUAGAGCUUUAGAAGUGAUGGUGGCGGCCAAUCCGAUUCAGCCUCGCUUGCUCUCCACCUUUCUAGGGGAUUGCCGCUUCUUUCCCUCCGAUUCCACGCAUUCGCUUCGCCGUCUCUUCCAUUUCACCUCAGGAAGAGACCGUGUGUCAAUGCAAGCGUCGAGAACCUUUUCAGGAAUAACCAGUUUGUUGUUUAACAGAAGCACACAAAAAUCUGCUGAUAGCAAAAGGAACCGUUUGAAGCCUGGGAAAGUAUCUCCCCUACGCCCAGUCCCCAGCGACAUACCGAGGCCCCCUUAUGUCAAGUCUAGGAAACCGGCUGGAAUUGCAAGCGGGCCUGAAAUACAUGAUGAGAAAGGGAUAGAGUGCAUGAGAGCAUCUGGGAAGCUUGCUGCCCAGGUUCUUCAACAUGCCGGGACAUUGGUGAAGCCAGGCAUCACAACGGACGAAAUUGACCAAGCGGUUCAUCAAAUGAUCAUCGAAAAUGGAGCAUAUCCAUCUCCUCUUGGUUACGGUGGAUUUCCAAAAAGUGUGUGCACAUCUGUGAAUGAGUGCAUUUGCCAUGGAAUCCCCGACUCGCGUGCCUUGGAGGAUGGCGACAUCGUCAACAUUGAUGUUACAGUCUAUCUUAAUGGUUAUCACGGGGAUACAUCUGCCACAUUUUUUGUCGGAGAUGUUGAUGAAGAGGCAAGAAAUUUGGUAAAGGUAACCAAAGAAUGCCUCGACAAGGCAAUAUCAAUAUGUGCACCGGGAGUCGAGUUCAAGAAAAUUGGCAAGAUAAUACAUGAUCAUGCAGAUGAACACAAGUACGGCGUUGUCCAGCAGUUUGUCGGUCAUGGAGUUGGCCGUGUUUUCCACAGCGAUCCAGUCAUUCUCCAUUACAGGAACAAGGAGCGCGGGCGAAUGGUGCUUAACCAAACUUUCACCAUAGAACCAAUGCUGACAGUCGGGAGCAUAAACCCGAUAAUCUGGGACGAUAAUUGGACAGUGGUGACUCAAGACGGGAGCCUUUCGGCGCAGUUCGAGCACACCAUAUUGAUUAGGGACGAUGGAGCUGAGAUUCUUACCAAGUGUUGAAGAAGAUCAUCCUCGUUUACAGACAGACAGACUAAUCUCACACUGCCGGAAAUUUGGCCCGCGAAUGAGCUUCACCUCCGAUGCCGAUUGUUGCCAUUUUCUCACCAUCGACUACUGUUGUCGCCCUUUAUGUUCUCGUCUGUCUUUGAUUUAUGCGUCAUGCGAUUUGAGACCGUGCAUGGUUAUUCAUUUUGUUUAUUCGUAAAAUAUGGAUUGUAUGGA